AUGGCUACCCGACAGCGUGAUGUCGUCCAACUCGUCUCCUCCGAGUGCAACUCCUUCGCCGAGCGCUUCUUCUCGGAGCAUCGCCGCUUCUUUGAAGACCUUGCCAGUGGUGAGGCCAGAGCUGGAGAGCAGAAGGCUGAAUGGUAUGAGAUCUACAAGAGGUUCGAGGCAGAGUCAGAGGUGCCCAUGCAGAAUGCUUUAAUGCUUUGGGGUGCUGUGCAAGCCAAAACCUUUGAGCGAGAGUUCAUCGAGGCGGCGAUGCAGUCUGAUGCUCUCAAUGACUACUUGUCCCUGACAGACUACCCCAUGUUCAUCAAGCGCAUGUGGCGUUAG